GAAGAUGGCGGGAGGUACGGAGCUGAGGAGUGCUGCGGAAGUGUAUGAGCGGCUACAGAAGCUGUCCUGCCUGCCUGUGAGGGGUGUGUACGUAUCGGGACCCCCGAAUAUUCAUGAACUGCUAUGUACCCCCUCAGUCAUUCGGCUCGGCAUCCUGGAAUGGCUGUGCACACGUGCGCUGCGUCAAAAUGCGCUACGUGAAAAUGCAGAAUGUCCUCAUUACAACGCUGCCCUGGUGCGAGCUAAACUAACAGGACAGGAAAUGGCUUUGUCUAUGCGUUGCGCAAUACUGCGCAACGCAUGUGGCAUGAAGGAGCCCUUCGAAUUUAAGUUUGUCAUUAAGAUGGCAAAACUUGGCUUUGAGCUGAUGCUGUGUCACGACGGAGAUCUGGACCUGAUAAAGGGACACGCCCCCCCAAGCAGACAACUCCUUUUCAUGGGACGCUUACUGGACAUGAUUCAGACGCCCCCCAAUAUAUCCAGGAAUUCGGGGAUGGAAUGCUCCUCUCAGGGCGUUGACGAAGCUUUCUUCACGAACGCCUACGAGAACGAGGAACUUCUGAAGGAGCUUUUCUCCAGCCCCCACUUCCAGGCAACGCUCGCCCCCGAGUGCAAUCCCUGGCCAGCCGAUCUGCAACCUUUACUGCUCAAAGAAGAAUUGCAAGAGAGUGCACUUCUUCCAUCUGACAAAAAGAUCGUCAUUACUCAACAUUUAGAGGAACUGCAGAAGAUUUCUACGGCGCUGACUGAGCUUAAAGAAGAGUGCACCUUCCUCUGCAGCUCUGAGCCCGGCCGUGAAACCAUCAUACAGACUUUGAAGUUGGCGAUGACAGACUUCCACCAGCUCAUUGCCGCUUUCACUCAGGUUUAUGAGAAUGAAUUUCAGGAGCACUGCAGUCACCCAGCACCUCGCCUCAGUCCCUGCGGUCCUCUAUUCCAGUCUGUUCACCGCUUGCUGGGUAGCUGUAGCAAGGAGCUGGAGGCUAUCGCCCAGUUUACAGCGACCUCGGACACCAUAACGGAGCUGGUGAGGAAGAGGCAGCAGUCUAAAGAGUCCUGGGGAGGAGGCAGCGUGGCGACGCUACAUGAAAAGAUCCAGGAGCUAAAACACAACUACGAGCUGUUCCUGAGUUCCCUGCAGAAGUGAGGACUGAUGGAUCUUUAA